AUGGAUACGAAUCAGCUUUUGUAUCUGCUCAUGUCAGGCCAGCAAGUUGAUAUAGGUCAAAUCAUUGCUAAUGAAAUAAGAAAUGUUGCAGAAAGCGGUAAGGAGUUUGGGGCAGGAGUCAGAUCUACUCAUCCUCUUGUUUAUCCCAGUCUCAUCAUGGGAUUUCUAAUUGGUGCUCGAGUAAGAGUUCCUAAUGUGGUACCAUUUGAAAUCAAAACCAAGGUUAAUGACAUAUAUGUGGAGAGGUAUUUCUUAGAGAAGAAAAAGAAAAGAAGACGCAUAUUUCCUGACCUGGGGACAUGCCAUUUUAUCAAGGGGAGGCAGCUGGCCAUGGAGAGGAGGAUGAACAUGCUGGCCAUGAGGAUGAAAAAGGAACAUCGGGAGGAUCCAAAAUGGCGUCUGAAGCCGGUGAUGAUGAAGGCAUGGGAGGAGAGUGAAAAAAAGGAGACAAUGUUGAAUGCUCGCCAUUAA